UUACAUAUGGUAAGUAAAUUGAAUUGUCGCGUUGCCUAUAUUGUAGCAAUACGUUUAGGAGAAAGUGUGAUACGCUGCAGUUAUCUAAUGUUUAACACAUUUACGAACUCAUGUUGUUACCUUUUGUGUUUAAUGUUUUUUGUUACAUUUUAAGCACUUCUGUAUUUAUUUAUUUUUCAGUUGCUUUUUCUGCACCGUUCUGUCCUGGUGAUUGUUUACAGGUUAUGACGACUAAUCCCAAACCAAACAAGGCAUUAAAGGUAAAGAAGGAGGCGGGAGAAAACGCCCCAGUAUUAAGCGAUGAUGAGCUCGUGUCAAUGUCUGUGCGGGAGCUAAAUCAGCACCUCCGGGGUCUAUCCAAAGAAGACAUAAUCCGUCUCAAGCAGCGCCGGCGCACGCUGAAAAACCGCGGAUACGCCGCAAGCUGCAGGGUCAAACGCGUCACCCAGAAAGAGGAGCUGGAGAGGCAACGGGUUGAGUUGCAACAAGAAGUCGACAAGCUGGCGCGGGAAAACUCCAGCAUGAAGCUCGAGUUGGAUGCUCUGCGCUCCAAAUACGAAGCUCUCCAAACCUUCGCACGUACAGUCGCCCGAGGGCCCAUAACCCCGACCAAGGUGGCCACCACCAGCGUCAUCACCAUUGUGAAAUCUGCCGACAUUUCAUCGGCGUCCAUACCGUUCUCGGCAGCCUCCUAGUGCCCAUGGGAAGACAGAACUAGCAGCCUGAUCUGAACGGGACGUUAUGGGAUUCACCUACAUUGGUCCUCUGUUCCUACUCUGCCUAUAAAAAUAUUAGGCAUUGCCUUUUAUUCCAUUGCCCUCCCAACAUGAAGCAUAGAGGCAACACGCGUGAUCAGAGCACCAUGGCCUUGUCAUACUUGUACCAGGGAAUUUGAC